AAUAAACUUCGCUAUUAUAAAUUUGGGAGUUUGGGACUGCAUUUUGGUUAUUGAACCACUUAAAUAUUUAUAAUCUAGAAACUAAUCCAUAUUAAUGAAAGUUAUAUAAUUGUCGUAAUGGCUGAUAAUAUAUGCAGUAACGACUCCGUUACCGAAGCAGAAAGGCUACGGGAAGAGGAGCUAGCCAGGGAGUUGGAACAUAGUGAUUCAAAUGAAGGAGACACUCAGGACAUAUCUUUAGAAAUAGAGGAAAACUUGCUAAGAGAUGAACCGGAAUAUGCCACACUUACUAAUUAUGGAGAAAGCACAAGUCUUCAAAGUCAACACAUUGAAACUUAUUCUGAUGACCUUUUCAAAGAUAAAGAUGUUGAUUUGCCUAUCUACAGAGAACAAUCUACUGAUUUACUUACAUCGCAAACAGACACAUUUGUAGAUGAUAAUGAUAAAUAUGAAUCAUAUAUUAAUGAUUAUAGUUUUAGUAAUAAUCAAUCAAUGGAUGAGUGUAAUAUUGAAAGUAUAAUUGACCAAAGUACUUCAGAAGCGAAGGAAAGUAUAGAGCAAUUAAACACAAAUGAUAUUCAAUUAAAUAAUGAGAAUGAAUAUCAAACAGAUGAAAUGUUAAGCGAAAGAGAAAGGGAGAAAAAGAGUAAAAAAGAACUAGAGGAAGAGGAAAGAGAAAAAAUGCAGGUGUUGGUGUCCAAUUUUACUGAAGAGCAGUUAAAUAGAUAUGAGAUGUAUAGACGAGCAGCCUUUCCCAAAGCAGCUGUAAAAAGGUUGAUGCAGACAAUAACUGGUACAUCUGUGGGUCAGAAUGUGGUGAUAGCUAUGUCUGGUAUUGCUAAAGUAUUUGUUGGGGAAGUUGUAGAAGAAGCUUUGGAUGUAUUAGAAAGCUCUGGAGAGUCAGGGCCCUUGCAACCAAAACAUCUUCGGGAGGCUCUAAGAAGGUUGCGAGUGAGAGGUGCAAUACCUCCAAGAAAGGCAUACAAACAUAUGUUAAGACUCUAACUUGACAUAGAUUUAAUUCUAGGUUUAAAUAUUCGGCACAAAAAAAACACUUGUAUAAAGGGAACUAAUAAGAAAAUGUUAUGAAAAAGGGGCACUAUUUACAAUCUAUUAGUGUAAACAAACUUACCUAAACAGUUUUGAUCCUUGUACUUUUAGGGUCUGUUAAAUUGGAUAAAGUACCAAAUAGCUAUGCAACA